AUUACAACCCAAUUACCCAAGAGAAGAAAAUCUGGAUUUAUAAUGAGAAACUCUGUGAUUCUUGAUAUUACUGGGAAGAGGAUUAAUGCACGGACGAUACUGGUGUUUAUGGCGGCAGCAGCUGUCGCCGGUUGCUUUAUUGUCUACAAUUUUGUGUAUCCUUCUGGAUUUCGUUAUGAUGGCUUGGCACAACCCCUCCCCUCCUGCAGAAUCACAACCCCUCCGCUUCAGCAGGCGAAUACCACAACCCCUCCGCUUCAGCAGGCGAAUACCACAGCCCCUCCGCUUCAGCAAGCGAAUACCACAAGCCCUCCACUUCAGCAGGCCAGUACGGGCAACCAACAGGAGGAUAUGGAUCCAUUGGACAAAGUUCUGAAAAAUGCAUGCAUGAAGAACAAAACGGUUAUAAUAACUACGUUAAAUGAUGCAUGGGCAGAGCCCAAUUCAAUAUUUGAUCUCUUUCUUGAGAGCUUUAACAUCGGAAGCAACACGAAAUGGCUGCUUAAGCAUUUGCUAGUCAUCUGCGUGGACCAAAAAGCAUAUGCUCGUUGCUUAGCAUCACACCCUCAUUGUUACUUACUUUACACUCAAGGCGCUAACUUUACCGGCGAGGUAUUUUAUCUGACUCCCAAUUACCUACAGAUGAUGUGGAGAAGAACCCAGAUUUUGUCUUCCAUUCUCGACAAAGGCUACAACUUUGUCUUUACGGAUACCGAUAUAAUGUGGCUUCGAGAUCCAUUUCCACAAUUCUAUCCAGAUGCAGAUUUUCAAAUUGCAACCGAUCAAUUCCUAGCUGAUUCUUAUAGUUUUGACAAUCCUCCCAAUUGUGGAUUUGUCAAUGUAAAAUCCAAUGAUCGAACUAUUGGGUUUUACAAAUUUUGGUACCUCUCCAAAUACACAUAUCCAGAUACGAAUGAACAAGAAGUGCUUAAUAGGAUUAAAUUUGAUCCCUUCAUUGCCAAGAUUGGAUUGAAAGUGAGAUUCUUGGAUACAAAAUACUUUGGUGGCUUCUGUGAGCCAAGUAAGGAUUUUAAACAAGUUUGCACAAUGCAUGCUAAUUGUUGUGUUGGUCUUGAAAACAAAGUGAACGAUCUCAAAGCUUUGCUUCAAGUUUGGAAAAAUUACAUGUCAUCGCCUCGUAACGCCACAGGCACUUCACAAGCUUUGUGGACCGUCCCACAAAAAUGCAGGUAGAAGAAAAGGAGGGUUAAAUUCAACGACGGAAAUUGCUCCUGCGGAUCAAAUAUAUGUCAUCUUGCUCAUGAUUAUUAUUACAGAACUUAUUUUGCAGCAGUUUUUCUUUUUGCAAUGUUUAUGUGAAGUGAAUUAGUGAAAAGAAUAUACCCUCCAUUUAUGAAUUGUGACAAUUUCAAAUGUACAAACCAGAAGGGAUAGAUAAAUGCCUAUAUGUACGUACAAAUUCGAUUUUAUUUACUCACUUAUAUUGUCUGC